AUGGUGCGCCAUCUCGAGUAUCCAAAGAAACCCCAGAAUACUGUGAAGCGAUAUAACAACAGAGGCACAUAUGACCUGGGGGUCAUUCACUCCAUCAUCAACACCAGCUCAGUUCUUCAUGUCUCGUUCGCUCCUAGCCCCGAGCAACCCUUUCCAGCAAUCUUGCCCAUGAUUGGGGUCAUGGGUUCAUUUGACUAUCCCUCAGCCAGCAUUGAUGAGCCGCUGGACUGUUACCUUCAUGGCUACGUCAGCUCGAGGAUAAUGCGCCUGGCUCGAGAAUCUCCAAAUGGCCUGCCCAUCUGCGUCGCUGCCACCAAAGUCGAUGGCCUGGUCUUGUCCCUGACCCCAAAUUCCCAUAGUUAUAACUAUCGAUCUGCCGUCUUGCAAGGAUACGCUCGGCCAGUGGAAAUGGAAGAGGAGAAACUGUACGCCAUGCGCUUGAUCACCAACAAAGUUGUCGAUGGGCGCUGGGAAAACACCAGAGUCCCCCCUGACAACGUGGAGAUGACUUCCACCACCAUUCUGAGAGUCAAGGUUGAAACUGGCAGCGGAAAGAUCCGGCAAGGAGGUCCUCAUGAUGAGGCGAAAGACGAGAAUAGAUCCGACAUCACUGAAAAAACCUGGACGGGAGUGGUGCCGGUGUAUGAGGCUUUCGACACCCCAAUCCCCAGUGACACCAACAAGGUCAAGGAUCUUCCACCAUAUCUCGACUCCUAUGUGUCCGAGACUAACAAUCGCAAUCGGGAGUCUGCUCUCGCCGCUGUGAAAGAGCCCGAAUGA